CAAAGCCGAGAAAAUGACCGACAGGAAAAAAUCAAAAUUUAGCAAAUUUCUAGACAUUGAAGCACAGGAAGCUUCUUCAGACACCUCGCCAUUUACUCCAUCGCCGCAUUCAUCCCCACAGAUAACCGAUACAUGGCAGGAAUUUACGACCAAGCUGGAGCAGAAGUACAAGGACAUCAAAGAAUCAACCGAGAAGGAGGUGGAUCUGAACGUUGACCUGGUGAGUGCUAAGCAGCAGGUCAGUCUGCUGCCAAAUGUGAGCUGUCCAAAGCUGUGGCUGGUACGGGUAAAGCCCGGCAAGGAGAGACAGGUGCUGUUCAAGAUAAUUAGUGAGAGACACGAUAACAUUUUCAGCGUGGUGAUAAAGGAUGGGCUGCCCGGAUACGUGUACCUGGAGAGUUUCUACAAGCAGAGUGUGCUUAACGCGAUAGACACCUGCAAAUUUGUUUCUAAGCGAGUGAAUGUUGUGCCUUUGGAUGAGAUGGUGGAGGUGCUGACGUAUCGAAAGAAUGAGAUUGUGCUGUUCAGCUACGUACGUGUGAAGAAGGGCCGGUAUAAGGAUGAUAUAGGAAUGAUUGUAGGGAAGAUCAGCGAUGAGAUGGUGCGUGUCAAGCUUGUGCCGAGAAUUGAUGGAGUUAGAAAGCUGUUUGUACCGGAAGACUACGAAAACGUGAUUAAAAUUAACAACGGAUUCAUGUUCAGCAAAGAAUUUUACAACGAGAAAGGGUUUUUGGAGAGGAAUGUGAGGGUGUCUGAUCUAAGACUGGGCGAGAAUCCGAGCGUGAGCGAACUGAAAGACUUCAAGGAUAAGGAGUAUGAGAUAGGAGAAAGCGUGAUGGUGAAGAAGGGCGAGUUACGCACGCUGAAAGGUACAAUAAAGACAAAAAGAGAGAACGAGCUUGUGAUACAGACUGAUUCGCGCACAUACACGGUGAGUGAGAGAGAUGUGCAGAAGAACGUAGGUCUUGGCGACGAGGUUGGCGUGAAGAACGAGGGAACAGGUGUUGUGGUGCAUGUGCAGGGACAGAAUGCGAUUGUGGCGCUUGACAACUUUUCGAGGGAGGUGUCGGUGCCCAUAGAUGAACUCACGAGACCGCAGGAGACGUACAAAGUCAAGAAAAACACGGCCAUACGCAGGGCAAGACGGGACCCGUUGAUGAACAACAAAGUAACGGUGAUCAGGGGUUGCUAUAAGGGAUUUGAUGGUGUUGUCAAGGAUGUGCACAGAGACAAUGUGCUGGUACAACUUGUGAGCAAUCUGAAGAGGGUGGAGGUGAAAAAGAGCGAAAUUAUGCUCACCGAAGAUCGAUGGAGAGAAGGGCCCAGCGUUUCCGACAUGGGUGCCCGCACACCCGUUCCGAUUGCUUUUGGCGGUAAGACACCCGAUCUGAGUGGUGCUGGUGGCAAAACACCUGGUCUGGAGCUCUAUGCAUCGCAUGGAACGCCUAGGCCGGAUGGCAACAUGUCAUAUAGAACACCUCGCGGGGCACGCACCCCGUACCGCACACCAUCACGGGGCGGUCAUUCACCGCCUAGGACACCAGGUAUAGGCAGCCGCACUCCACAUAGAGAAAUGCACAAGUCACCGUACAAAACACCACGAGCACCAGAAACUGUGGAAGAAGAAGCUUCAGCACCGCAGUCGGUAAGCGCUUACAGGGGCACACAGCUCCAAUACCAGAACAAACUUGUAGAGGCACUCGAUAUAAUUGAUGAGACGGUCAUCACCAGCACAUCGAAAAUAAAAUUGGGACAGUGCGAAUUUGUGCGGCCCUCCAAAUACGAUCGAGUCAUAGUCCUGCGCGGUGGUCACAGGGGGAGCAGCGGCAUUCUUGUGCGAAUAAGCGACAACAAGGGGACCGUGAGAUGUGCGGAGAGCGGUGCCAUAAGCGUUAAUGUGGAGGAUAUCAGUAGAAUGAACUAGCUGAGCGGUGAGCAAGCGAUUUGGUGCCUGAAUGGUUUAUUGAGAUGAACCCACACCGUUUUAUCCUGUAGUUACAACAUAACAAUGACCGAUAGGCACCUUCUAUCCAUGAAGCGUUGAGCCUGCCAAAAAUGUUGAAUAAAUCAUUAAUCGAAUAAAUUUGGCAGUUGUUGUGAUUGACACCUUUGAAAUGGAGCAAAC